UGUUAUUAGGAGAGGCGUGGUGCGCACAUCCGGCGUCUCUCCGGUGCUUCGCUUUCGCAACCCACGCGAAUAUUCCAGCUCCUCUCCGACCCAAGCGCGCGGGAUAAGUUGCCCAGCACGAUGCGUGCGGCGAUGUGUCUGACUUAUCCCGAGCCCUGCAAGCAGCGUGCAGUUUCGUUCCGAAGAUGACCUUGAGGACAGCUGAAACCACGGCCGUUUACGCCUAUCUCCGGCCCGAAAUCAAGGAGCGUCUGCCAUUCGUCCGUCCUCAGCAUGAAGUGGGUCUGGAAGAGUACUUCCGUCGGGAUAAGAAUCCGCAGAUCGCGGAUCUCGUCGUAUUGGCGGCCGAGUUGGGCUUGCCUGUGCAAGCCGUCAGAAUCUGGUUCGACCAUCGUCUUGCGAAAUGGAGGAGGGGAGAAGGUUUGAACGCGAACUGGAGAUUGCUCACGGAGUGAUUGAGGGAGCGUCCGAUUCGAUCAUUGAAGGUCCAAGACCGCGAAUGCUUUGAUACCGGUGAAAGUCAAGGAUUUGAAGCAAUAAAGAUCCGAUUUGAA